CGCAGGAGUCAAACCGUUUACUAGUGUAGCAGUAGCUAGUUGUGGAAGAACACCUAGCUAUAUUGUUUGCUCGUAGUUGUAACCAGUACAAAAAUGCUACGGAAAAAAUCAACCAGCAGGGAAAAGAAAAGGAAAAGUUCACAUUCGGAAGAGCAGCAUGUCCACAGAAGACGCAGGUGUACAGAAUCUAGCGUGGAGGUGAGAAAAACAUUGAACACUCAUCCAUGGCAAAGAUGGCUAGCUACGUUGGCUACUUUGUACAUUUUGCAUCCCCUGUCCCAAACAUUUGCGUCUUACACAGCAGAUGUGUAUCGAUACAUCUACCCAGCAGAUAUCUAUGUUUAAAAAAAAAAAUCAUAUUCCAAAUGCCUGUAUCGCAAGAAUCACUUUAAUUUGAUUUUUUAUUCAUGUAUUUUUUGGUCUCCUCGCCUUCGCUCCUUCUGUUCUGUGUGCAGUUUCUCAUUUACACACACACACCAAGGCGCCACUCGCAACAACAAAGUUGAGAUCACUUCUUCCUCUCUGUCCAGCGGUUUCAACUUACUAUUUGCAUUUGAGGUUUGGUCUAACAUAAUCGGUCAUAUCGACACCGAAACAUUAUUUUAAAACAUUAUUUUACUGUAAUAGAGAAGUUAAACUUUCUAACGAUACCCUUUCUAUGUCUCUCCUCAAAUUGCACGCAGAACAGACGAUUAAAACGAGUAUCAAUAAACAUUGAUUGAGGUAAAUGAAUGCUCAGGUUGUCACACGCGGCAUUGCGGUACCACGUACCGCUAGCAGCAUUUUAGCCAAAGACUGUUAUACUAGUUGUCUUUUGUUUUAUAAAUGUGCAACAAACAUAAAACACAAUUAUAUAAGGAAUUGGCAACUUGUUCUCAUCCUGAGAAAUAAGGUAGGCCACUUGAUUACAACAUCUGAACAAAGUGGACAGGCUAGCAUGCUUUUCAAACAGCUGGAGACAGACAGAAGGGUGUGUUCAUAACAAUUUAACUGUUCUGCCUUGUUAGCUAGCGAAUGGAUCCAAGUUGGCUGAACUUGAAAUAUAAAGAUUAGCUGGCUACUCACUAGCACGUGGGCUUGUCCUUGAGACUGUUAAUUUUUUAUAAUGCCUAUUACAAGAAGUUGGUCAUUAUUGACGCCAGGACAACGGAGUCACUGACCACCUUCCGGAGACACUUGAAACCCCACCUCUUUAAGGAAUACCUGGAAUAGUAUAAAAGUAAUCCUUCUACCCCCCACCUGCCCCACCCCCACAAAAACAAACAAAAAAAUACAUAUAUAUAUUUUUAAAUGCAUAAAAACGAUGAUAAAAAAUACAUAAAAGUAAAAAGACACAAAGACACGGCGGUUGGAACCAAAAAUCACCAAUUUGGACUCCAGACCAAAAGACACAUUUCCACCGGUCUAAUGUCCUACAGACCCCCGUGUUCGAUUCCAGGCUGUAUCACAACCGGCCGUGAUUGGGAGUCCCAUAGGGCGGCGCACAAUUGGCCCAGCGUCGUCCGGGUUUGGCCGGUGUAGGCCGUCAUUGUAAAUAAGAAUUUGUUCUUAACUGACUUGCCCAGUUAAAUAAAGGUUAAAUAAAAUAAAAAUCACAUAUUCCCCUCUGAACAGUUGAUGUUGAGAUGUCUGUUACUUGAACUCUGUGAAGCAUUUAUUUGGGCUUCAAUUUCUGAGGCUGGUAACUAAUGAACUUAUCCUCUGCAGCAUAGGGAACUCUGGGUCUUCCAUUCCUGUGGCGGUCCUCAUGAGAGCCAGUUUCAUCAUAGCGCUUAAGGGUUUUGCGACUGCACUUGAAGAAACUUUCAAAGUUCUUGAAAUGUUCCGUAUUGACUGACCUCAUUACAUUUCAUUUACAUUUUUGUCAUUUAGCAGACGCUCUUAUCCAGAGCGACUUACAAAUUGGUGCAUUCACCUUAUGUCUUAAAGUAAUGAUGGACUGUCGUUUCUCUUUGCUUAUUUGAGCGGUUCUUGCCAUAAUAUGGACUUGGUCUUUUACCAAAUAGGGCUAUCUUCUGUAUACCUUGUCACAACACAACUGAUUAACACAUUAAGAAGGAAAGAAAUUCCACAAAUUAACUUUUAAGAAGGCACACCUGUUAAUUGAAAUGCAUUCCAGUUUACUACCUCAUGAAGCUGGUUGAGAGAAUGCCAAGAGUGUGCAAAGCUGUCAUCAAGGCAAAGGGUGGCUAUUUGAAGAAUCUCAAAUAUAAAAUAUAUUUUGAUUUGUUUAACACUUUUUUGGUUACUACAUGAUUCCAUAUGUGUUAUUUAAUAGUUUUGAUGUCUUCACUAUUAUUCUACAAUGUAGAAAACUAAAGAAAAACCCUUGAAUGAGUAGGUGUCUCCAAACCUUUGACUGGAUAGAUAUAUAUAUUAGGGAAAUUCCCAUACAUUUGAAAAAAAUCUAGAUAUGAUUUGUAGGCUAUAUUGCCCAUCCCUACACGCAGGUUAAAAUACCAAAACAAACUGUGAAUCAAUGAUAUUCAUUUGGGGGAAGGUGGAAACAUUUAUGGAUAUUUAGAUUGCUAGCUAGUUUGUCCUGGGAGAUGAACAUUCAGUUGUUAUUUGACCUUUAAAUGUAUAUGGUCCUUUUCUUUUGCUGCAUCUUUAUAGAAUUUGAACCCGGAAUCAUACAAAAUCUUGUCUUUCUCUACUCUGACGAUUUAAUCCACUGGAAACCAAGUUAGUUUGUUUUUAGUACCCCCCUUCCCCCCCUCCAACUUGGUCGGUCUGUUCAUGGUGUAAGAGUUAUAUUUGUAGGGACACAGACCAAUGCAUUUUGAACUUCAGUGGUUGCAUGCGUUCUGCCUUUGACAAAAUGUCGUCCCUCAUUGACUUGGUUACUCCUGGUGGAAAAAACCAUACUGCUAUACGACUCCUUGAAACAGGACUCCAAGGACGAGCAGGCAGAUCUGGAGUUGGAUGAGCCUGGCAGCGACGUCGAGGAGGGAGGACUGGACCUUAGUGUGCCAUUUCAACCCAUCAGUGCCUAUGUUGCAGACAGGCACGAGAUGCUAGAUCAGUGCUUUCACGUGCUUGGGGAGAGCAAGCUGCAGAAGAUGCUGCCUGAUGAACUCAAGGUGAGUGUGUAGUGGAUUCAGGGGUAGUCUGAACGGGACUGGAACCAGGAGUGUUAGCUGUGCAAAGUGCCUAGGUCUAACCUCAUUCCUAACCCAAUCAUGCGUUUGGUCAGCACAUCUGUUCCAUGCUACUUACUGUAAAGAUUGGAUAUGUGUUUUGAUGUAUUGCGAACAAAGCUAUCAGUUAAUAGUAUAGUCACACAGUGCAAUUAGUCAUGUCUUAGUUAUUUCUCUGUUUUUCAUUUGGUGUUGUGGGCAUUUGCCAGUUAUUAAUUUGUGAUGCAUUGAUAGGUUGAAAGUAUAGACGGACCGUGGUCUCCUCCCUCCUCCCCUCUCUCUCUCUCUCUCUUGUUUUCCACAUUGUUCUCUCCUGUUUUGGUUUUACGAAGCUGUAGUCUGGAUAAAAUGUAUUUUUUUUUUUUUUUACAGAACUGUAGUCUGGAUGAAAUCAAGACGUUGUGUUGGGAACAGCUGGAGCAGCUGUCUCAAAGCCACCUCCUUCAGAUACUGGAGGGUAAGCCCAUGGGUCUGUUCAGCAUCACAGGGUGUUGCUCUACUGCUAACCCUGCUGUCUGUCAUUUCUCUUGGUCUGCUGGGUGGUGUUCAGAAGACACAAAACGGGGAAGUAGGCUAUUGCCUGAACUAUUCCAACAAGAAUACUCAUACAUUUUUUUUUAUUUUUUAAAUGUUUUGCUACGUUUUUGCCAUUCUGAACACGACCCAUGUUCACCUCCAUUAAUCUGAUGGCGUGUUUGGUUGGUGUCCCUCAAAGGUGAAGAGCUGACUGGUUCAUCUGGAGAAGAAGGGGAUAAAAAAAAUGCUGCCACCGAUAGCCAGUGAGUAGAACCUGCAUUUUUAAAGCAGCGUAGUACUGCUUCUUACCUUUUAUCAUCAUUUUUGCUAUUGUCGUCAACCUGCGAGCGAGAAACCAAUUGUAAGACAUGGCGUUGUACACACACAACAGCCAAACUGCUUUAUUUGCUGUAAAAAGCUAAUUUGCGUUCUACAAACAAUGUUUUUACUCUUGUGGAUUUCUAUUGCUUGGCUACUACUGCUAUUUAGGCUUGGUUGACAUUUUGGCGCUAAUUGCAGGUAGAAAUGUAAACAUUUGUCAUAAAGUGAUUUAAUUCAUUGUAUCUGAUUUGAUUGGUCAAUGUUAGUCCGGAAGUGAUUAAACUGAAAGUGUUUUGUUUUUUCUGUGAAGGCAGGAUAAUAAUGUGGAUUCCACGUCGUCCCUCAAAGAGAGUGUUGAAGUGGAGGAUAUCAAGCAAGGUACUGGUAGCUAAUAUAUAGGCAUAGUCUAAAAGGGCCCACACUUCGCUCUCAUGUCAGAUUUAAAGGAAAGUGCAUGCACUUACGAUGCAUCAAGGAACAUUUUUUGCUCUACUUAAAGUGCAUUAUCUUGACUGCUGACAUGCUUAAUUUUUUUGGGGGGGUAGUAUUAACCCUUUAAACACAUGGGAAUUGGCCUCUAUGGGAAUGUUUCUUACAGAAGAAAUAUGAAAAGUAUAUGCAUAACCAUGGUAGCAAUUAAAAGGGAACAGUUUGGCGAUCAUGGGAAAAUUAUUAGACUAAAAGUUGAGGACACAACAGUUCACCUGACAAGACUGAAUCCAAACAUUACACUGUUGAAUUUAUGUGCAUUUUACAUUUACUGUACUUUUCUCCAAAUUUAUUGAUCACGAAAUCUGAAAAUAUUCUGGAUACAUUCAGUAACGUGAUAAGACUAUUCCUGGAAAAUGUGGGGUAGGUGCAACAUAAGACAAACACAAUGACAAGGGUUUGAGUGAGAAGACUAACUGGUGUCUCCAAGUGGCCACACAUUGCUCCAAAGUGUGCACAGUUCUUUACAUUUUAGUCAUUUAGCAGACGCUCUUAUCCAGAGCGACUUACAGGAGCAAUUAGGGUUAAGUGCCUUGCUCAAGGGCACAUCGACAGAUUUUUCACCUAGUCGGCUCGGGGAUUAGAACCAGCGACCUUUCGGUUACUGGCACAACGCUCUUAACCACUAAGCUACCUGCCGUCCUUAAGCAAUUUCAAUGCACAAAGAACAGUCUUCAACUAUAAGGUGCUUUUUCGAGCUCCUAGCUGGGCCGUUGAGGAACUAGAGCAAGGUUCUUCAAUUCCGGUCCUGGAGGGCCGAAACACCUCUGUUUUUCAUCCUCUCCUUCUAAUCAGGGGCUAAUUCAGACCUGGGACACCAGGUGAGUGCAAUUAACUACCAGGCAGAAAUAAAAAAACAGAAGUGUUUCGGCCCUCCAGGACCGGAAUUGAAGAACCCUGAACUAGAGCAAGCAGACUUGUAGUUAUUUAGUUUGGAACAAAGCCCCUGGAUUCCCGACAUCAUACAAUUUACUGUUUGCACAAUCCAAAAAUGGUCCUUUUUAUAAAUCGCAAUCUGGAUCAGGUGGGCGUGAUUUGAAAGUUGUUCUAUUGCCAACAUGACUACCGAAGUUAUAAAAUACAAUCUUACAGUGUUAGGCUUUCACAAGGCAAUUCAGGGAAACGGAUUGUGAUUUUUGGAGCGGCAAAUCUUCUUCACAAUAAAAAAACAGGCCCAUUCUGUUCAGGACAACCCAGGGUAUGACGACACAUAAUCUUGUAACUGUACAUCAAACAUAGCUUUCAUGAACGUUGACACUGUAUAUGACAUGAGUUUUAUAAUUCGUAAAUUGUGAAGUGCACAUUUGGACUCACGGGUGUUUGGCUUGCUUGUAUGACGUCAAAGCGGUAUUUAUUAUAAUCAACGUAUCAUCUUUCAAAAUACAUUGAGUCCUCUUAAUGUACAGCAUUUCCCCUCACUCAGACAACAAACAUUUUUCGAAAAUUGCCCAAUCAGCAGAAGGGAUUGGGGACAACUUGUUGUGCUGAAGUUCAGAACGGCUGUCAGUCAAAACCCCCUACAGAGCUGUGAAGCAGAGACCCUGAGGUCUGACGUCUUAUAUAGCAUGUUACUCUACAGCCAGUGUUUUAUCAGUGUCCAAAUCUGCCAUUUCCAACCUGUAUACGGGUACGAGUGUAAAGGGUUAACAGUAGAUUAAAGCGCAAGACUAAAUAAACCUUUGCUCACCAGAAUGUCAUAAAUGAUUAGAAUGAAUGCUUCAAUCUAGUUGACGCCGGUAAAGUUUUCUGUCGUCUCUGCAGGGGUGGUAGAUGAUGAGUAUGACGAACAGAUUCCUUUUGACCCAAGCUGAUUCCUGUCACUUUAUCUGCAGAAGGUGGUGUCUCGGAGGAGAGCGACGUCCUUAGCAUCAACGCCGACACCUACGACAGUGACAUCGAGGGACACAAAGACGAGCCGUCCGAAAAAACAGAGGAAGCCGCCGGGACCAUGGACGUAGUUGCCGGGGCAACAUCUGACCCCGGCCCCUCCGCAACCCCAGCCCCUGCCGAUGGGAAACCAGUUGCGGACAAACCCCCCGAACCCAAGAAGGAACUCCAGAAGGACAUAGACAAAAGCGUUAGCGAGAUCCUAGCCUUAGCAUCGACGCCUAACCAGGAAGAGAUCCUAGCUUUAGCAUCGACGCCUAACCAGGAAGAGAUCCUAGCCUUAGCAUCGACACCUAACCAGGAAGAGAUCCUAGCCUUAGCAUCGACACCUAACCAAGAAGAUACUAAAAAACUGAUGGCGCUGCCGCUAGCCGCUGCUCCAGAGGCCCCCUUGUUGGUUACGAGGUUACCCGCUCAGAGUGCACCCGUCCCUGGCCUAGCUCCUGCACCAAGCCAGCCCUCAGCACAGCAGCUGGAGCUUCUGGAGCUAGAGAUGAGAGCCAGGGCCAUUAAGGCCCUAAUGAAAGCGAACGAUGUGAAGAAACAGAUGUUUUAG